CAAAAGCAUCACUCUCUCCCUAUUACUUUCCUCUCUGUAUCAAUCAAUCUCUUCCCAAGUUUAUCUUUAUCUCUCUUUCUCACUACGCACCAUUAAAACCAGAGAUAAGCUGCUCUUGCCAGCUGAACCAACACUCUGUAAUUACCCAUAAGCCCUGUUUUCCUCGUACCUGGCACCCAUGCAUAGCUUUAACCUCUCUAUCUAUUUUACUCACUGAAACUCAAACACAAUUGCUUUUUCGUAUUCUGAUACUCUCUGACAGAUCUGUCUCACAUUUUUGGUGAACAAUGAGUUGUCAGAGACAAGAAGAAGUUCUUCUCAUAAACGCGCUUUUGUUCGUCUUUUUGAUUUCUUCGGCGAGUUCUUUGAAUAGAGACGUCGCCGUUUUGCUUCGAGUCAAGAACGGCCAACUCGAUGAUCCUGUCGGUAGACUCAGUGACUGGAACGAGUCAACUCACAAUGCUCCAUGCAGCUGGACAGGCAUCACCUGUGAUGCUCAGAGUCACCGUGUCGUGUCCAUCGACCUCGUUAGCUUCGGCGUUUCCGGCAAUUUUCCGGCGGAUUUCUGUCGGAUUUCGACGCUCGAAAGCCUCAACCUUUUCGAUAACAAUUUGAUGGGUACAAUCUCUGCAAACUCAGUCUCUCUUUGCCCUCAUCUCCGAUUCUUGAACCUCUCCGCCAACUUGUUCGUUGGCGGAUUGCCGGAGUUCCAUACAGAAUUUGCCAACUUGAGCUCGCUCGAUCUUUCAGCGAACAAUUUUACUGGUGAAAUCCCGACGAGUUUCGGCAACUUACCGAAACUUCAGGUGCUUUGCCUUGUGAAUAACUUGCUCAAUGGCUCAAUACCUGAGUUCUUGACCAAUUUGACAGAGUUAACUCGUCUUGAACUCGCGGUAAAUCCAUUCAAAUCGAGUCCAUUGCCUUCCACAAUCGGACGCCUCACCAAGCUUCAAAAUUUAUAUCUGGCGACCUCAAACCUCAUCGGAGACAUUCCUCACUCUGUCGGAGACCUAAUUUCUCUCACAAAUCUCGAUCUUUCGAACAAUAUACUCACCGGCGAAAUUCCGGCCAGUAUUGCCGGUUUGAAAAAUGUCGAACAAAUCGAACUCUACCUGAACAGACUGUCAGGUGAAUUGCCAGACACUUUUGCGACCUUAACUUCAUUGCGUCGAUUCGACGCUUCUCAGAACAAUCUCACCGGGAAAAUACCGGAGAGUCUCGCCGGUUUGCCUAUCGAAUCAUUUCAUCUCAAUGACAACAGCCUCGAAGGAGAAAUUCCAGAAAUUUUAUCUUCUAACCCUAAGCUUUACUCGCUGAAGUUGUUUAACAACAAAUUUUCCGGUGCUUUACCGGUGAAUUUAGGAAAAAAUUCAGAUUUGGAGGAAUUUGAUGUAUCCGGAAACCAAUUAGAAGGUUCGCUGCCUCCGGAUCUGUGUUACAGACAGAAAUUUCAACGUUUAAUCACUUUCGAUAAUAGAUUUUCUGGUCCGAUUCCAGAGUCUUACGGCGAGUGCGGUUCUUUAACUUGCGUACGCAUCUUCAACAACGAACUUUCUGGACAAGUACCAGUCAAUUUCUGGAGUUUUUCCGGACUAGAAUUAAUUCAACUCUACAGCAACAGAAUGGAAGGUUCGAUUCCGGCUACAAUUUCCAACGCUCGAAACCUAACUGAGUUACAGAUCUCGGGCAAUAACUUUUCCGGCGAGUUGCCGUCGGAGAUAUGCGGGUUGCAAGAACUCGCAAUUAUGGAUAUAAGUAAAAAUCAAUUUUCCGGCACACUGCCUUCGUGCAUAACAAAAUUGAAAAGGCUACAGAAGCUCGACCUUCAAGAGAACAGAAUCACCGGUGAAAUUCCAAAAGCUGUUAGUACAUGGACUGAGCUUACUGAGUUGAAUUUAUCAAACAAUCAAUUCACCGGAGAUAUUCCGACUGAGCUUGGGAAAUUGCCGGUGUUAACGUACUUGGAUCUCGCCGGAAACUUACUUUCCGGCGAUAUUCCGGUUGAGUUGACGAAGUUGAAGCUCAACAAGUUCAACAUCUCCAAUAACAGACUUGAAGGCAAAGUGCCUCUUGGUUUCAACAUUGAUUUUUUCUUGCCAAGCUUAAUGGGUAACCCGAAACUGUGUAGUCCAGAUCUGAAACCACUCCCCACAUGCCCGAGACCCAAACCCGUUGGCUUCUAUGUGGUUUGGAUUCUAUCAGGCUUGGCCUUAAUUCUUAUAGGGUCACUUCUUUUGCUCGUGAUCAAGACCAAAAACUUGUAUGCAUUUGGUCGUAGAAAUAAACGUUCAUGGAAGAUUACCUCAUUCCUAAGGGUCAGGUUCACUGAACAAGAUGUACUAGCUUCAUUGACAGAUGAUAACCUAAUUGGAAGUGGAGGGUCGGGUAGGGUGUAUCGAGUCAAGCUAAAGAGUGGGCAGACAGUGGCAGUGAAGAGGCUAUGGGAAGCUAGCCGGCAAUUGGAAACUGAGGGGGUUUUCCAGUCAGAGAUGGAGACAUUGGGAACAAUCCGACAUGCCAAUAUCAUAAAAUUGUUGUUCAGUUGCAUUGGAGAGGACUUUAGGGUACUGGUAUAUGAGUACAUGGCAAAUGGAAGCUUAGGAGAUGUGUUGCAUGGAGAGAAGGGUGGUGUGUUGUUGGAUUGGCCAAAGAGGUUCGAGAUAGUUGUUGGGGCAGCACAUGGGCUGGCCUAUUUACACCAUGACUGUGUGCCUGGGAUUGUGCACCGGGAUGUUAAGUCGAAUAAUAUACUUUUGGAUGAGGACUUCAGGCCAAAGGUGGCAGAUUUUGGGCUAGCCAAGACGUUUCAGCAGGAUGUGAAGGAGGGUGAUGGAGUUAUGUCGCGUGUUGCUGGUUCCUAUGGCUACAUCGCGCCAGAGUAUGCAUACACAUUAAAAGUUUCUGAGAAGAGUGAUGUGUACAGCUUUGGUGUCGUGUUGUUGGAGCUAAUUACGGGGAAGAGGCCAAAUGAUUCCUCCUUUGGGGAGAAUAAGGAUAUUGUGAAGUGGUUGACCGAGGCUGCCUUGUUAGCUCCAGAACAAGGAAGCGGCAUUAAUGGCGGUAGUUCUAUAGAUAUGAGUGUGCUGAUAGACCCGAGGAUGAAGGCAUCCACAUGCGAUUACGAUGAGAUUGAGAAGGUUUUGAACGUGGCUCUUCUUUGCACUUCCGCAAUUCCCCUCAACAGACCCUCCAUGAGAAGAGUUGUCGAAUUGCUGAAGAACCGUUCACUGGUUCAGUCAAAAUGACAUGGUUAGUCUGUGGAAUAGUUUGGUAACAUUUUAGAGUCUUCUACCCCUUUUUGUAUGGAUUCUGAUUUUCGCAUUACGGUAAGCUUAUUAGGCUAUGUCUGAAAUUCGAGUUAAGCUCAAACACACUAUACAAAGGCAGUCCAAAUAUAACAAAGCAACCUGAACAGCCAAACACUUGGCUUGUGGUAUGUAGUCCCUUUUUUUUAUUAGUAAGGAUGCUUGAUUGUAUUUUAGGUCUUCUAAUGUUCAUAUUGCUGGUUUAUAAGCUUGCAGCUCUCUACAUUCAUAGCAGAAGGAGUCUGAAAACUUUUGAUGGCCACGAACGGUUCAAUUCUCUUUGAACAG